CAAACUUUCAGAAUCACAACACAGUUUCGAGUAUUUGUCUAGGUUUCAGCUUCAAAAAUGAGCUGAUUGUUGAAUUUAAUAAUGAUUGGUGUUGAAAUGAUAAUUUAUAUUGAUUAUCUACUACUAGGAAUCCUGGUAUUUCUGUCAGUGUUCGUCUGCUCUUACUGCAUCAUCAGGGUAUAUAGGCUUAGAAGGAAUGGACAAUUGUAUUCAACUAAUAUCGGCGCGCUACUGCGGCCGACCAAAGUGUUGUUCACCCACAAACGAGAGGGGGAGAGCACUGAGGAGUUGCGGACUGUAGUGGCCUACCGCAACCCCUUCACUGGUGACUACUGCGUGCACAAAAGCAGAGUGGAGCCCAAGGGGUACGUGAACUCAGCGCAGAUCCCAGACUCUCCCGACAGCGGGGUGUCGGACGCCUAUGAGCCUUUACAGCUGGAGCCGAGGGCAAAGGUCAACGUUCCCGAUGGCAGUAUUAUGGAGAAGAUCGCUCAUAGAGAGAGAGAAAAAGUAACGGAAGACCCUAUAUACGACAACAGUGUCAACAAAACAUGGAAUUGGAACUACAAAGAGUAUCAAAUAUAAAUCGUAACACUUUAUUCAUAAGAACUAUAUUUACAUGAACAAAUAAUGUCCAGCUUGUGCUCAAAAGACUUGACAAAGCGUACUUACGUCUAAAUUAUUCACUUUUAAAGUAUUAUAGUAAUUAUAAUUUUACAUUUAAAUUAAUAUGUAACAAUGAUGUGCCAAAUAAAAACAAAACUUUGGAAAAAUCGUGAUUCGA